AUGUGGCAAACGACCACUCCGACAGGCUUGCAAUGGCAACCUCCGGAUUCGUACAGCCCGGAGACAUCAAACAAGCUUGAAAGCGUCCAGCGCCGUCUUUGCCAGACGUGUUCGAGUGAUGCGGUCGAAGAGUGGAUGGAGUUCUUCAAGGAAGACGGGGACAUCAGCGAAGAGGAGCUGAAGGUCCUCGAUGGGCUCCUGGUGAAGAUGGAUGUCUCUGGUGACGGCCGGGUCUCUUCCGAUGAGAUCAAGGCGGCGCUGACGCGCAAGGAUUUGGAAAUGCCAGAGGCGAUCCGCUCCAAGCUUGUGGAGUUCAUGAAGGACGUCGAGUGA